AUGGAGAUAGAAUCUGAGACGGCUGCUAUCAACCGUGAAUUGUUAUAUAUCCCUAAUGCGACAGUGUUUUCUUUGGAUGACGACCAUUUAAGAAUGGCAUUCAGCGCUUUGGUAGUGCUCACUCAUUUGCGACAGCUUAAUAAUCAGAAGAAGAGUCUCGGUCCCUUAGACAAUGCCUUGUGCUCGGCCCUCAACCCUUUUUUCUGGCUUGGAACUUUACAAGAACUGGAGAGAAAUUGCUACAUACGUGGGAGCGGCUCGUACAACUAG